AUGUUGCUCUCCACCUCCGUCCGUGCAGCCACCGCCUCGACCGGCCUCGGACGACGAGCUGCGAGCGCCCUCGCGCUUAAGUACUCCCAUGCCAUCUUCAACGCCGCCCUUGCCAAGUCGCCGCAGACGAUCAACAAAGUGCAGACUGAGCUGAACACCAUCGCCACGGCCGUCAAGGACGCGCCCCAGUUGAGCUCGUUCGUCUCGAACCCGACGCUCUCCAUGAAGGACCGCAUCGCAGGCCUCUCCGUGCUGUACGCCGCGGCAGAGGGUACGGGCGCGAAGAAGGAGCCCGUGUCGGAGAUCACGAAAAACAUCUUCGUAGUCCUCUCGGAGAACGGCCGCCUUGCGGAGAUGCAGGGCGUCAUUGAUGGCUUCAAUGAGCUCGUCGCAGGCUACAAGGGCGAGCUGACGGUCACGAUCACGUCUGCCGCGCCGCUCCCUAGGGACGUCCAGACGCGACUCGAGACGGCACUGAAGAACUCGCAGGCAGCACAACAAUCCAAGUCGUUGAAGGUGGCAAACAAGGUCAACCCUGCAGUGCUGGGCGGUAUCGUUGUUGACUUCGGAGACAAGACCCUGGACCUUAGUGUUGCAUCUCGCGUCACAAAGUUGAACAGCCUUCUCCAGCUAAACUCAGGCCUCAUCGUGUACACGUCAGAAUCGGUAUGA